AUGCAAUGGUCAGCACUGUGGUUAACCGUGUGGAAAGUGAUUUUGAUUUUUCCUUAUUCAAGAGUAUCGUCAGUGGCUAAGCCAAGUGUAUCACAAGCCAAAUACCUUGAUUAUGAGAUCGGAGCAAGCAUUCACUUCAACAUGCAGACGUUUAAUGGAACCAUGAAGUCGGGUGAGUGAGUUAAUUUACUUUGCCGAAACGAACGAAGAGACUUGAAAGCGUAUGAAAGGCCUUUCCCAUUUCUUCACUCUCCCUUUUUUUCUCUAGCAACCUGCUACGCCGGCAGGGCUAUCUGUCUGACUGCUUUCAGAAAGCCGGACAGGGUUAGAACUAACAAUCACGGCGACAUUUUUUUUAAGGACUGAAAUACCUUGAAUUUCAUACGACGGCGUUUAGUCUUCAUAAUUAACGUCGAUACGUGAGCUUACAGAUCCAUUAAGUUUUUUUAACAAUGCCCUCUGAUAUUAUUUACAUCUAACAGGACACGUAGUUUCCCCAGAUGCUUUCAACCCAACUAAACUGUCCACAGAUCAAUGGCUCCGGGCCGCGAAAAGUUUUGGUGCGAAAUAUGCUGUGCUCACACUCGAUCACUUCAGUGGCUUCCUGCUUUGGCCUACGACAACAAAUUACAGUUAUUCCGUAAAGAGCAGUAAUUGGAGAAACAAGACCGGAGAUGUAGCUCUAGAUUUCAUUCAGUCUUGUGCAAAAUAUGGUAUUAAACAUGCUUUUUACUACAGUGUGAAUAAAAACUGGUAUAUGAAUGUCAGUAACCACAGGGCACCCAGUCCAGGAGCGCAGACAGUUUAUAAUCGUAUUGUUGAACAACAAAUACGAGAAUUGUUAAAUCCAAGCUCGAAGUAUGCAAGUCCUUUUCUAUUUUGGUUCGAUGCUGGUAUUGUUAGCGGAAUCAGCCCCAAUGUUGUCCCAAUAUUUCACUCUCUAGCCGAAAACAUAAUUUGUUUGAAGUGUCCAGCUUCUUCAGGGAUUGCAGGAGCGCGAUGGAUUGGUAACGAGAGAGCUGUGGCGUCGUUGCCUCUUUGGUAUGCAGUGCGCGAUGGAGGAUAUAAUGGUUAGUAAAAUUAAUCAGAAAGUCGCCUCCUUUUGUUGGCGCUGUGAUUGAUGGGAAAGUUCCAAGGUCCUCGUUACAUCAGGGGAAUAAAGAAGGCUAUUUCCCAAGCGCCUUAAAGGUGUAUUUACAGGCAAUUUAAUAAAGCCAGGUACGUAUUGUAACAAGUUAGUGAGCAAUUUUUCCGUGCAACACAUGUCUAAGGACACCCAUUUUCUUAAUAGAACUAUUAUUUUUAGCUUUUGUUCAUUCCAAUUCAUUCCUUCGUAAGAGAUCAGUCCUAUUUAAGGUGAAUCCGUAGGGUGGAAUUUUGUGGCGAACUGGUUUCUUAUGACUGCCUCGACAACAAUUAUAAUAGGUUCAAACCAAGAGACUAUAAAGGGGACAGAGAGGGCAUCCCCCAUACACACCCUGUUCCAUAGGUAAUUCGUCUCGAGUUAUUUUUAACACCAGAGAUCUCAAGGGGGAUUAGACAACAGCCAAUCACAUAGCGCGAAUGUGUUCCGCGUGGAUGACCCACGCUGAGAGCCACGCGUCCUUCACGAAAUGACGCAGAACAAAAUGGGGGAAGACGCGGAGAGCGAUUUUGCUAUUCCUUUUGUCGACGAAAACGACUACAGCGAGAUUUCUGCGAAAGCUGUGUCAGCGAAACCGAAAUUAAAAAAGAAUCGCCCUUCCUCUCUUGUAUAGAGCUAACAGUAGAGCAGGGAAAUCCUUAACACACUGAAUAUUCUCUCAGGAUCAUUUAUAAUUUACAGUUUGAAGAGAGCAAUUUCUGGUUUGAUGUUUAUUUUUUUCAGUCUUUAUAGCGAUUAUUCCUACCCACUUACUUUGUCAAUUGUAGGCGAACCCUCCUAAAGCUGAAUUUCAAGGGACCAUAUUCAAGCUCAGAAAGAGAAAUAAAAUUUCGUCGUUGCUUAUUUACGUCCUCCAUAAAACGCGAAAUUAGGCAUUUUCACGUCGUAGUCGUGCAAAAACGGGAAAGAAAUGAACAAAAAAGUGUGUUGCACGUGCGAAGUUGUUGUUUUGCUAAUUAAACCUAUUGUUUUUUUGACGUUCUAGUUGUCGUCCGCGUCGUUGGAUCUUAAACUCCCUAAAUUGUACAAACGACCGGUUUCAAUAGACCGGCGAAAUUUCUCAUUUUAUUAAAGCACUGAGGUUACGACAACUUCGAGUUAAACUGAUUUCACGGGUUGUCAAAGAGUCCAGCGAUUCCUUUUUCCCAGGUGAGCGCCGACUCAUUUCGCUUCAAUAUUCAGGAAUGCUCUCGAUCUUUUUACGCUUUCAUUGCCUCUCGCCCGACAUGUUUUGCACGGCGUUUGGUCAUGCGAAACCUCCACGAAACAUCCACGCCUCGCGCGAGGUAACUUUAUCCCGAUUCUAAAAAUAACUCGAGACGAAUUACCUAUGGAAUAGGGUGUAUAUGGGGGACGCCCUCUCUGUCCCCUUUAUAGUCUCUUGGUUCAAACACAUUAAGCUAGACAACGUUAAUGUUAUUAUACUGAUUGUCGUUUCAGGGGAUCCUUUAGGUGAGCAGUUCCGUCCUCCAUUCUGUGAUACUGUUAUACGUGAACAUAAAUGGUUUUGGCUCCCACGCACAAGGAACAGAGUCAAAAAUGUGAGUACACUCAUUACUGAAUAUUUAACCAGCGUGGGACGGGGUUGUCACAUGAUACUUAACUUGAACCCGGAUCCUUUCGGCUUGAUCGAAGACGAGGAUCUUCAUGCCUAUAAGGGGUUUGGUGAAGCUAUUGGUCUGCUCUACAAGGAUUUGAUCAUAACUCAGAAAAAUGCGACACUAAAAAUCGGUGUCGAGAAAGUGUGGAGAAUACCCAGAAUUCUCAAUGUGGCAAACGGAUCAGUGGUUGUAAUGGAGGAUGUGGCAAAGUUUGGUCAGUUAGUGAGAGAGUACCAGCUAAGAUUCAACACUUCACAUGGAUGGGUUAAUUAUCCCGAAUAUGGAAGUACUAUUGGACACAAGAGGAUACAUCCAUUUCCCCAAGUGCUUCGAGGAAAACCUGUUUAUGCUAUCAGCUUCAAAAUAGUGAAAUUAGUCACAAGGGAUCCGUCAAUCACCAUACGUGAAGUUUCGGUUUAUGAUUGGACUGAGGCAACAAGGAAGCGAUACAUUUGA